AUGUGGGAUGUAGUAUGGACCGACCCGAGCAAGGAGUUGGUUGGAGAGCAUCGAGCUAAAAAGGACCAACUGAGGCAUGACAAGGAGAAGAGUAGCAUCCGUUCGGGAAGGGAUUCUGCCACAACUUCUUCGUCAAAUUCCUCGUCUGAGACGCCGUUCAGCUUCUUUCGACCUAGGAGUGCCAAAAACGCCGUCACAUUAAAAGGAAAGGACAUUGACCGUUCGCCAUCCUUUUCUGGGUUGGCCACUCCAAGCCUCACCUCCACCCUUUCGCCCUUUUCGCAGACAUUCGACUCUUCAAGUCGAAGAAGCUCAGGUAUGGUGACCACGGCACCAACCUCGCCGACCAAGGACGGGCCCGACGCCCACUUCUCUAGCAGUGAUCGUGAUACGCUGCCAUCCUUUGACGAGUGUCUCUCGCAGUCGUUUGGAAGUAUCGAUUCCAUCACUGCCAAGCUGACAAGCUCUGGUCCCAAGGGUAGCGGCGCUGAGGCACCCAAUAUUGCGACCUUGAUCCAAAUGCUGGGAGACUUGCCACUCAGGGCCGAAAUCCAGGACAUACCCCGAUCGGUUCCGAAUAACACAGAAACUGCGGGUAAAUCUAGAGAGACUGAGGGAGACUUGUUGUCAUCGAUCGGCGCUCCGCUUGUCACGCCGCCAAAGUCACCUUCCAAGCCGUAUGCGAACAGCCCAAACGGUACUGCGAGACCUUAUGCUAACAAUCAUGAAAGUCUUCAACGAUUUUCUCGCUCGGAAGCCUCGUCAGAAACGCCAUUGCAACUGACGCCACCUCCAAAAUCACCCUGGAGACCCGCGCCGCCACCCUUGGAGAUCAACAACCCUGCGGCUUGGCGAACUCCAUCACAGUGGAAGGAGCACGACGUGACGCAGACCCGAAAAUCUUCUGGAAGCGUCUUGAAGAACAUCGGAAAAGAAAAUGCGAUCAAGACGGAAGCGUUUGCUAUUCCCGAUGCGAUGACGGGUGUUCGAUCCGCCGCGGGGGCACCGACUGGAAUGAUACUGGCAAAAGUCAAGCAGGUUUUUGCGUCGAGGCCUGGUGAAGACCAAGAAGUGGGAACAGAAAGCUCCAAGCAACAUUGGAUGCUUUCUCUUCUUCAUGGUCUAGGUUACAUAGCAGAUCCAGACCAUGACCAAGAUUGCCACAACUCGGCACUCCCCGCCUCAGCACUGGUCAUGCUGCUCUACGAGACGAAAGCUUAUGCAACGUACAUAAGUACCGUCCACCCUGAUUCGCAAGUGUAUCACCUGACCAGGGAGAGUUCACCAACCAGCUGGUCGCACAACAUCCAGUCGGUGCGAGCACCACCCGCAGCGGCAACGUGUUUCCCCGUGGCACCGCGGCUAUUUCAGACUGUGUACUCAUUCUCGCUACCGUCUGGCUGCCCGUACCACGUGUUGCCCAAUGUGCUGAGUAGUGUGUACAAGAGCUUGAAGCCCGGCGGAUCUUUCAAAGUCACAAUCAUCGAUCCGUUGCCCUACGCCGACACCCUUGGCCACAAACUCCGCUCUUGGAUGGAAAAGCAUCUGUUUCCAAAUUUGGAGAGACACCAACGGUGCUUGGAGCCAAGCAGACUCUUCCCCAAACUUCUUGGCGAUGCCGGUCUGCGCGGCAAGGGGAGUCGCCGGACCAAGGUCAAGUUCUUUGCCUUGCAAGAGAACGCCCGCGGCUUCGAUGACCGCCGCGAUCCAGAUCGCAGCCUUGAGAAGCUGUAUCAAGAGCGGCGCGAUAAAGCUGAGCUGCGCAGCCUGGUUGGCCGCAUGUUUUGGAUGGAAGUUUGGGGUCGCUACGUCACACCAGCAAGCACCUGGUGGUGGGAUGACCCUGAAUGUGUUGCGGAAUGUCUGGAGCUCGGUACUUUUUGGGAGUACCACAUCAUCGACUCGGCCAAGGUCGACGAGACUGUUGGCUGA